UUUUUCUCAACUCUUUUCGUCCUUCCAUCAAAUCUAAAAAGCACAAUCAAUUCCAUAAAAAGAAACUCCACAAAUAAAUAAAUAAAUAAAUAAAUAAGAUAACCUUUCCAUCUCCCAAGGCGAAAAAAUCCAUGGCGAGAAGGGCGGUGCUGAUCGGCUGCAACUACCCCGGAACAAAGGCGGAGCUCAGAGACUGCAUCAACGAUGUCCGCCGAAUGUAUGCCUGCCUCGUCGACCGCUACGGCUUCUCCGAGGACGACAUCACCGUCCUCAUUGACAGCGACGAUUCCUACACCCAGCCCACGGGCCACAACAUCCGGGCCGCACUUGCGGAUCUGGUCGAUUCGUCCCGGCCCGGAGACUUCCUCUUCGUCGGCUACAGCGGCCACGUCACCCGACUCCCGGCGGAGACCCGCGAGGACGACGACACCGGCUACGACGAGUGCAUUGUCCCCACGGACAUGAAUCUGAUCACCGAUGAUGAUUUCAGGGACCUUGUGGACAAAGUACCACAAGGAUGCCAGAUCACAAUCGUGUCCGACUCCUGCCACAGUGGUGGCCUAAUCAACGAGACCAAAGAGCAAAUUGGCAAGAGCACCAAACAAAAUGACGACGAGCAAGAAGAAGAAGAAGAAGAAGAAGAAGGAUGA